AAGUUUGUACUAUGGAGCAAACGAGACUCCACUUUCAGUCUUUCCGAGGGGAAAAAAAAACUGUCUUUUAACAGUACUUCUCUUUUGCCAGACCUUGUUCUUCGUCUCCGUCUCACAUUUCUCGUUCUCAAACAACAAACAGACAUGACUGUAAACACAGAAACAGAAGAAGAAGAAGUAGAGAGAGAAGUCAAGAUAGAUGGAGAAGCAGAAACUCAUGAAGAUCUUCAACGACAACAAGAUCACGAAAAGCCCACGACAACAGUCCCAGACUCGCCACCCUCAACGUUCUCUCUCUCCCCACAGUCCAACCGCUCCUACAUGACCCCCUCCCCGGCGGUGGAUUUCGCCGCCUACUCCGACGAACCCCAUUAUGGCGCCACCGCAGACAACAGGUUCUCAUGGGCCGACAACUACAACAACAACAACACCCGGGCCGAGAAGUCUCCGUCGGCCCUGGCCCAGCCCAACCGGGCCUUCCCCGCCGAGCCCUUGGUGGUGACGAAGGCCCCGGAUCCCGAGGCCCAAGACGGCGUCGUGGACCCCGUGGAAGUCCAAGAAAGUGGCAGCGGAGGCGGCGGCGGUCUUGGGAGCUUCAACCGGCGAAAGCUGAGACCCGACUUGCCCGACAGAAAGAGGAAGACGAGAAAGCACGGUGUGGUGAAGAGACUUCUGCUGGGUUUUCGGGUUUUUGGGUUUGCCUUCUGCUUGAUCUCCUUCUCUGUUAUGGCGGCUAAUAGGGAACAAGGCUGGGCUCUCGAUUCCUUCUAUCGGUACAAGGAAUUCAGAUACUGCUUUGGAGUGAAUGUGGCAGGGUUUGCAUAUUCAGGGUUGCAAGUGUUUGAUCUGAUUCAUUUUCUCACCUCAUCGAGACACUUAAUCGACCACCAGAUCCGAAAUUACUUUGAUUUCUUCAUGGAUCAGAUACUUUCUUAUCUUCUGAUGUCGGCAUCUUCGUCGGCUGCAACUCGAGUCGAUGACUGGCAGUCCAAUUGGGGGAAAGACAAGUUCCCGGAUAUGGCCCGAGCAUCGGUGGGAUUGUCCUUUGCUGCAUUUGUUGCUCUUGCUUGGAGCUCUAUUGUCUCUGGCUACAUCCUAUGUACUUCAAAAGCUUCGUAAUUACCACUGUCGGUGUCUACCUAUUACAACAACUAUACGAUUUUUCUUCAAGCCACCUAGAAAAAAAAAAAAACAUAUUUUGUAUCCUUUACUGAGCUAAUAGCUAUGAUGAAUUCUUUAGAAGUGGUUCUGCUCGAGAAACAUUUUGAUGUACAUAUAUCAGUUUGUGUUACUUGUGGAUCACGGCUAGUUAUAAUUCUCUAUUGAAUCUUCAAA